AUGGCCCAAACCAGUCCAAACAGAAAAGUUCACGACUGGUCGAGUCUUCAUCAAGAUAUUGUCGACUCGAUCGCCAAACGACUGGUCUCUCCGGCGGAUUUGAUUGUUUUUGCCGCAGUUUGUAAAGCAUGGAGAUCAGCCGCCAUCAAAGAAUACUUUACCAGCCGAUCAACACUGAAAUCUCCAGUGCUUAUGAUCCAAGCCAAGAACAAGGAGAAGGGCACUCUCACCCCUGAAUUCUACAACAGCUCAAGGAGUACGUGGUCAAAGGGAACGUUUCACAAACUUGGUCUGCUCGCACCCAAGAAAACAAAGCAGUCUUUUUAUUCUUCUCUAGGCUGGCUGGUGGCUGUGUCUGCGGAUUUGAAGGUUGAUCUGCUGCACCCUUUAAGCCAUGACCAGAUUGAACUUCCAGAUAUUAACAAAGUCACAAACCAUCACCAGCAACAGAGCUUUUCCGGCGUGCCGUACGAGUUCAUAGCUAGUAAGUUUGUCUUGUCAUCAAGCCCUUCUUGGACGUGUGAUUAUAUAGUGACUGUUAUUUAUAGGAUUUUGGGAGGCUGGGGUUUUUGGAGACCAGGAGAAGAUGAAUGGACCAGUGUGGGGAGGAAUAUAAUGGAUCUUGCUUAUUAUAAAGGGCAGUUUUAUGCUGUGGACUUUGAUGGGAAUAUAAUGGUUUGUGAGAUUGCAGAGCCUGAGCAACCAAAAAUGAGGAUUGUUGUUCCGAAAGUGCCAAUGGAACCCAUGUGUGCUUCUGUUGAUCAAAGCCUUUAUCUGGUGGAAUCACAAGGGGCCUUGUUGGUGGUUCUGCGUCUUAGGCAAUGGUUCAGUUCAACAACUGAGUUUAGGGUUUUCAAUGUGCCAUUGGAGGGUUGUGGCAAGUGCUGGUGCCAUUGGUCGGAUUUGCAGGUAAAGAACUUGGGUGACAGUACCCUAUUUCUGGGACGCCAUAAUUCUUCCUUCUCUAUCGAAUGCAAGAAGAACAAGAACUUUGUAUGUUUGGGGAAUAGCAUUUGCUUCACGGUUGAUUUUUGUGAGUGUCUCGCACUUACCAAUGGAGAUAUGGACGCCAGUUAUUUUGUUUUCAAUAUGACAGAUGGGAAAAUGAAGCCUUGCUUGGGCAAACGCCUCAAUUUAAGAGCGCCAUAUUUAUGGAUUCAAGCACCAUUUUAA